AUGGCUGCCGAGUCCCAUAACCGGGCUGCACCAACCUCUCACAAUGCUGGGAACCCAAUAGCAAACGCGAAUGGUGGACCUCCUCCGUCCACCUUGGCUGCACAGCUCGCCGGUAACAUCUCGACCUCAGCCAAGUCCUCGAGACCUGACGAGGCCAGCGAGCUCAAACGCCUGUUUGAGGAGAUUGAGAGGGUCAAGAACAAGCCAGAGUCGUUAAAGACUCCAGACGAGCAUGUGGAGCACAAUCACAUGCUGAUCUACGUUUACGCCCGCGUCAUUCUCGAUGCUCUCAAGUGGGACGACCCAUUCGCCGACCGCGAGCAGUUGAAGGCCGAUGCCUUGACCGCUAUCCACUUUCUCAAGGUCACCAUCGCCGAAACACCAACCGUUCUCACAUUUACUACGAAUGGCUCAGCCUUCCUUCAUCGAGGCUCCGAGCCACUGUGGGUCUGGCUGUUCCCCAAACUCCUCAGGAUGCUCGGACAUCCGCGGAGUAUAGCCUUGUUAUCUCCAUUGGAAUCACUCUUUCACUUUGUUCUCGUGACAGCAAGCACAUCUGGCGGCCUAUGGAAUGUCUGCGAUCCAUUGUUUGGCUAUCUGCAGGCAAAUUUUCGGUCGAUCCUGGCCCAUCUCAAGCUGGCUUCACCAGCUGCUAAAGGGAGUGUGGAUAUUGAGCUACCGGACCACCAUACCCUGGACUCAUUACUUCCCCGGGGGACCUCUACGGAUGCUGUCCGCUGUCCAGCUUAUACCCUUGGUGAUGCGGAUCACGCCCUUCGGCAUGCUUCAUGUCUUCUGAAGAUUUUGCAUAGUGUUGCGGUGCCAGAUGGAAUGCCAAAGCAACAGGUGCCUCCUUUCAUCAAGCACAUUUCCUGGCUGGUGGAUUGCGUUGAGGCCCUGAACGAAGAGCAGAGGCGAUGGAGAGAAUAUGGCAAUCACAACCCGGUUUCCCUUUUGAAACAAGCUUUGAGCCUGGUUUCUCCCCUCUCAGGCGUGGAGCAAGUGGUACUACACAAGUUGUAUUCAGUCAUCGUCUUGCUCACAGCAGAUGUUGUUGUGCACCAAACAGGAGCCUCAGAUCAUCAGCAGGCCGACGCAUCGGCCAUGAAGGUACUGGCUUUGGCCCUUGUCCAAGUUGCUGAUGUUGCAGCCAAACACAGACCUGUAGCCAAACUCGCUGCUGCUCAACUGCUCAAAGCGUUGGAUCAGAUGCUCACUGAAGGGAUCGCCGGCGAUGCUUCCGGGGAUUUGCAGCGGUCUAUAUCUCUGUUUCGCGAGGCAGUGACCCUCCCUGUACCACAACCAUUCAGUCCCGAGCUCUCCCCAGGCUCUUUUGUGGACAGGGAUUUGCGGUUCAAGGUACAAUCUAUUACGUCGAAGGCGCACGCGCCAACAGAUCAGAAGCGGGCUAUCAAACGGAGGAAAAUUGCGCAGGAGUCAUCGUCCAUGCCUCACGUCCUAAAUCAGCUCUCUCGAGUACUUCCUGAUGGUACCCUGAGCCUCGGAUCAGUCGGACAACCUGGUCUACAUUGCUCGUUUUGCUCCACGGCCGACAGAACGGGACCACGGCCGCCAUGUACUGAUCCUGUGGCUGUGACCUUGGCUGGCACGAUCUUCACAGAGCUCAUACAGAUGUCAGCAUUUCGCGAAUCGCGUCGACCACGGGUCGUGGCUAUGAUAGCCCUCCGACGUAUUGUUGUACACUCAAAAAUCCCAGAUAUGUUGGAUCUGGAAAAGUCGGCUAUUGGCCAGUGGUGCUUAUCAACCCUACAGAGCUCUCUCAGAGAGCUCCGCAUUGCUGCCGGAAGAGCAAUCACACUUUUUUUGCGGCCAAGUGUCAGCCAGGCUGUUGGCGUCCAAAUCUUAAAUCGGAAUACAGCCAACGCUUUGGGGUUCUUAAGGUCAAUUUCCGAUAAAAACGAGCCCAACAUCAAUGAGACUUCGCUGAUGGCUUGGGGCCAGCUGGGCAGGGUUGUAUCGGAUGAAGGCCUUAAUCUUGUCCUGGUCAAAAUGUUGGAAUUCCUCGGCCAUCAGAACCCUAUCGUCUCUGCAGUCGCCUUGAACGAGAUCACAAACCUCGCCGCCUCUCGGAGAACAACACCUCGACGCCUCUUGGAGCCCUUCUGGAGAAGUCUUGCAUACUCAAUCGUCAAAGACAUGCUCACGCGGCCUCAGACUACACAAAUGGUGGCAGAUCUCUUGAGAACCAGCGUCACAGAGCUACUCCUGCUCAUCCAAUCUCAUGCUUUGCCCUGGCUUGUGCUGCAUAGGAAGAGGGACAUUAUACAAAAGUUUUCGGAGGCCAGACGAGAUGAGCACUUACAAGACAUGUUCCUGGAUGAAACAAAUUUGAGUGCCAUCCUAGCACGUCUGUUCGUGCAGGAUGAUGCAAAUAUCGAACAUUUGUCGAUGUCGGCGCUGACCGAUGUCUGCCCAACGUUCCGCGGCACGGCUCUCACAGAGGUGUUGAAGACCAGUCCUGUCCUGACGAUCUUGGAGCUUCUGAGAAUGAGUGUGGAAGGAAACGAAUCGACGAAGGCUUCUGCCCGCUCCGCACUCACUAUGGUGGCAAACUUGUUAGUGAUUGUUCCUCGCGAUGGUAAGAGAAAGGGCGGCCACCACAUUAUCGGCCGCUUUCUCCGAGAGCAUGCUCUUGGCUUGUCGGCGCGAAUGGUAGAGGUCAUCAACAACACCUCACCAGUUCCUCCGCCUAUGCGGGAGCGCAGACUGUGCAUUAGGGCCAUGGAAGAAAUGAUAGUGUUGGCCAAGGAAUACAUGCGCAUAGCACGACCACAGAUAUCCGUAUGUCUCCUGUCGGCUCUGUCACUAGACGAAUUGAGGACAACCGCAUUUGCGUGUUGGCACUCGAUGGUGACGCAUGUUGGAGAGGAAGAUGUCGAGGAGCUCAUCGAAACCACGUUUUUCAUCAUCGGGCAAUAUUGGACUUGCUUUGCAGAGGAGAGCCGAGAAAAGAGCAAGGCUUUGCUGCGUUUCCUGCUCAACAACCACGAGGCAGUCCUGAACAAUACCGUCUCCAAACUUCCGUCGCUAAGCCAUAUCAGUGAGCUCUCGGAGCUCUGGAACACACUCAACUCGCGCCGGCCGCUGCUCGAUAGUCGCGCUGCCUUCGCCCUCUACAUCGAACGGAUACGUCACGAAAAUGCUGGUGUCGUCGAAAAGGGUCUGCUUGAGCUCUCAGAGUAUCUACGGCAGAAUCAAGGUUACAUACAGGCGUCGGCCAUCAGUGAGCAGCCUGACAGCGUCGUGGAAGACUUGGCUCGAACAUUGCUGGACUGCACUUCGAAGUACAACGGGAUCAACUCCAAUAUUGCUCGAAUAUGCGCAGAGUGUAUUGGCUUGAUGGGCUGCCUCGACUCAAAUAGGCUCGAAACCGUUCGAGAGCAGCGCGAGUUUAUUGCACUCUCGAAUUUUACAGAUGCGGACGAAACGACCGAUUUUGCUGCGUUCAUUUUGGAGGAGGUGCUCGUCAAGUCUUUCGUGUCGACUACGGAUUCUAGUUUGCAAGGGUUUCUGUCAUAUGUCAUGCAAGAGCUCCUAGAGAGAUGCGACUACAAAACAGCCGUUGGCCUGCAGGGAGCAGAAGGUGAGCGUAUAUAUCGGAAAUGGCUGAGUAUGCCGGAAAGCGUGCGCGACGUCCUGCUUCCCUUUUUGACGUCCAGGUACAAGCUUGCGCCGAUGCCGAGCAUAAAGACCGAGUAUCCCAUCUUCCGCACCGGACGCUCAUAUGCCAACUGGCUCCGGCAGUUUACACUGGACUUGCUACACAAGGGGCAAAAUCCUUUUGCAGACAUCAUAUUUGACCCUUUAUGUCGGGCUAUCAGGGUCAAGGACUUGUCGGUCGCCAUCUUCAUGCUCCCAUACCUCGUUGUCCACAUCACUCUUGGCAACAAGAGUACACAACAAGAAAAGAAUGCAGUGUGGAAUGAAUUGCUGUGCAUACUGAAACAAGAUGUGCCUGAAAAUGCGUCUUACUUGGAGAGGGAGGACAAGAAGCUGUUUUGCGAGGCUGUUUUCCGAGUCAUCGAUUAUGCAAUGAGAUUCUUGCAGUUGAAGAGGUCGUCUCGACUUAGUAAAACCGAUGAGAAUAACCUCGCACUUAUCCAGAAACGGUUGGAUUCCAUACCGCCAGAGCUGGUGUCUCAACGGGCCAUUGACUGCAAACAAUAUGCCCGGGCUUUGUUCCACCUGGAGCCUCAUAUUUUGCGCCAGCAAGAGGAGCACGGCGAUGACGCCGAGAACAUCCAACAGGCACUUGACUCUCUGCAACAUGUCUAUGCCCAUAUUGACGAGCCCGAUGGUCUUGAAGGGGUAUCCGCCAACCUCAAAGUCAUCGAUCUCAAGCAGCAAAUUUUGAGUCACAGGAAGGCGGGAAGGUGGUCAAGGGCGCAGACCUGGUGCGAGGUUCAGCUCGCGGAGAACCCGCACAAUAUAGACGUGCAGAUUGAUCUGCUGACGUGUCUCAAAGAGUCAGGCCAAUACGAUGUGUUGUUGAACCAUGUUGGAGGCAUGGACACCGACGGACCCUGGAUCAACAAGAUUGCGCCUUUUGCAGUGGAAGCCGCUUGGGCCACCGGAAGAUGGGAGACCCUCAAGAAGUAUUUGGGUUCCUACAAGGCUGGCAAUCAUCUUGAUGAAUUCAAUCUUGGUGUUGGAUCAGCGCUCCUGGCCCUCAAGGAUGGCCAGAUAGAGAGCUUUGUCAACCAGAUCCAGGAUUUGAAGGAGAAAACUGCUUCUUCAAUGUCGAUGUCGGCUACUGCAUCACUCCAAGCAGCUCAUGACGCCAUGUUGAGGUGUCAUGUCCUAGCAGACCUCGAAAUUAUCGCCGGAGAUCACAAGAGAGGAGCUAGCGAUCAACAACAGGUCAUGACCUCUCUAGAUCGUCGGCUGGAGGUGCUGGGUGCAUAUGUUGGCAACAAACAGUACGUGCUGGGAAUACGCCGAGCAGCGAUGGAACUGAUGAGGCCGAAAUUUUCGGACGGAGAUAUAUCAUCCCUGUGGCUGUCUAGUGCGAGAUUGGCUCGAAAGGCAAACUCGCUGCAUCAGUCUUUCAACGCCGUUUUGCAUGCGUCCCAGCUUGGAGACGGCUCUGCAACUAUUGAAAACGCUAGACUGUUGUGGAAAGAAGGGCAUCACCGGAAAGCCAUUCAAAUCCUCGAAAACGCCAUCCAGACCAACUCGUUCAUCGGGUACAACUUGGGACCCGCUGCUCCUACGUCGAGUAAAGGCCCCGAGGUGCAAAGAAAUCUGCUGACUGCCCGAGCGCAUCUCCUCCUGGCGAAAUGGCAAGACUCCGCGGGGCAGACACACGCAAGUGCUUUGCGGGCGCAGUAUCAGCAGGCGGCAAAGACGCACGCGAUGUGGGAGAAGGGCCAUUAUUACCUCGGCCGUCACUACAAGAAAGUUCUUGAAUCUGAGAAGGCCUUGAGUCCAGACGAGCAGAGCGAUGAGUAUCUCACUGGGGAAACAGCCAAGCUUGUUAUCGAAAAUUACCUGCGCUCACUAAACUACGGCACAAAGUAUCUAUACCAGACAUUGCCACGGAUUCUAUCACUGUGGAUGGAUUUGGGUGCUCAGAUCGACAAGGCUCCCGAAGGGAAGAUUUCAGUGUCUAGGGAACUGUCCCAACGGAGAAAGACCUUGUUGCACGAGCUCAACAAGUACUUCUACAAACACAUGCAGCGCAUGCCUGCGUACAUAUUCUACACAGCAAUGCCACAAAUCGUGGCCCGCAUUGCUCAUCCGAACCCAGACAUUUUUACUCACCUGCAACACAUUAUCAUCAAGGUUGUGGAGGCACAUCCACGACAGGCUUUGUGGGGCCUGUUCGCUAUCAUGACCAGCAAGCAGUCGUCCGACCGAACAAGACGCGGCAUUCAGCUGCUGACUCAACUGCGCAACAGUAGUGGAAAGAGGGUGGACGGCUCAUCUUAUGACCUGAGACAGCUGUUAAGGAUGGGCGAGAAACUCGCAGAACAACUGCUUCUGGCUUGCAAUAACGGUGACUUCCAGAGCAACAGGACUACACAUGCCAGCAUUACUCGGGAUCUCAAUUUCAACCACAGGUGCACGCCCUGUCCGCUGGUUGUUCCCAUUGAGGCAUGUCUGACGGCCACACUGCCAACACUGACGGACAACAUCAAGAAGCACAAGGCCUUUUCGAGGGACGUUGUCGCAAUCGACUCGUUCCUGGACGAUGUGCUCGUUCUGGGCUCGCUCGCGAAGCCACGCAGACUUACCGCACGAGGCACGGAUGGGAAACUAUACAACCUGCUGAUCAAACCCAAGGAUGACCUGCGGACAGAUCAGCGUCUGAUGGAGUUCAACAGCAUGAUCAACCGGUCCCUGAAACGAGACGCAGAAAGCAGCCGCAGGCAACUCUAUAUUCGCACCUACGCAGUCACCCCUCUGAACGAAGAAUGUGGCAUCCUCGAGUGGGUGGAUGGGCUCAAGACACUGCGGGACAUCCUCCUGGGUCUGUACAAACCCCGUGGCAUUAUACCCAACUACGCCCAAAUAGCACAGAUGAUGAAGGAGGCCAGUGCGUCAGACAAGAACAUCACACUCUUUACAGAACAGGUGCUGGGCAUGUUCCCGCCCGUGCUGCCAAGCUGGUUCAUCUCACAGUUCCCCAACCCAUCAGCCUGGUUUGCGGCGCGACUCAAGUACACGCGAUCAUGCGCGGUCAUGUCGAUGGUGGGCACGAUACUGGGGCUGGGUGACAGGCACGGGGAGAACGUGCUGCUGGAAGAGGGCAACGGCGGUGUGUUCCACGUGGACUUCAACUGCCUGUUCGACAAGGGCCUGACGUUUGCGCAGCCUGAGCGGGUGCCGUUCCGGCUGACGCACAACAUGGUGGCGGCGAUGGGGAUCUACGGGUACGAAGGGCCGUUCCGGCAGUGCAGCGAGCUGACGCUGUCGAUCCUGCGGCAGCAGGAGGAGACGCUGAUGACGAUCCUGGAGGCGUUCAUCUACGACCCGACGCUGGACCUGCAGAGGGACAAGAAGCGCAAGAGCGAUGUGGUGAGGCUGAACCCGACGAGCGUGGUGGAGAGCAUCAAGAGGAAGGUCAGGGGAUUCAUCGGCGAUGAGAGCAUCCCGCUGGGCGUGGAGGGCCAGGUGGAAGAGCUGGUGAGGCAGGCGACGGAGCCGAGGAACUUGUCGGCCAUGUAUAUUGGGUGGUGUGCUUUCCUGUAG